AUGACAACUGGGCUGCAUACCUUCACGCGGAGUCUUGAGGACGAGAAGCGAGCCCACAUUCAUCCAUUCAACAAACAGAUGGAUGGCGAGAUCAGCUCGAGGGAUAAGAAGGAGGAGAAGGAGAAGGCGAAGGCGAAGAAGAAGGCGAAGGAGAAGGAGAAGGAGAAGGAGAAGGAGAAGGAGAACGUGGAAAAGGUGAAGUUCCUGCACAAGCGAUCAAGGGUGAUGAGGCAUGGGACGGCACGGCAAUAUGCAGAGCCCGAUCGGGAUCCUGCACGGGGGGGUAUCUCCAUGACCUUGUACCUUGCGUGCGAUGCGACGAUUCGUUGGGCGAUGUAUGACGCCCACAACUUCACCGAAAGAGCCAGCACCCAACGGUUGCACCACCUCGAAUUCUUCAGUGCGCGUCACUGUUACAGGCUCAUCGUCGGACUGGGCAAGCGAGCCACGGUCGAUCGGUUAGCACAGCAUUUCUUUGAGGUGCCAAGAAACAACGACGGCUGCUGA